AUGCCAUAUGGAUUUGGUGAUAUCCGGAAAAUCGACACCAGUCGGUCAUUUGCCAACCUACUGGAACUAAGGUUUGGAGCAUUACCUUCAGAUAAAGCUUGUGAGAUUCACGGCAUUAGCAUUAAACCUUCUCUGGUAACACGGCUCUUAAGCCCUCAAGCGCUCAACAUUCGCAAGGACCACAAUACCCGGUCCCAUGGUGCUGAUGGCGGAAACGUAGUCUCCGUGUGGUCCCUGAUCGGGUUACUUCGAAAUCUCGGUUCACCCGGCGCCACCGUGCCACCAAUCGUGUCCACAGAUAUAGGCGACGUUGCACACGUUCGUAUCUUUGCCCUCGGUGCAAGUUCCAGAUGGUUCGGAGGUACCCUUGCGGCACGCGGUAGAUAG